AAAUCCCACAACUCUGUCCAUCUUCUUCCCUUCCUGAUCAGCUUCGAAAAUGUCCUUUCUCCUUCCCAAACGCACUCCUCUCCCAUCCAACACUUCUUUCCACCUUCUGCUUUUCCGCCCUCCAACACCCUUCUCAACCUCCACUGCCAAUUCCAGCACAGCACCGCCACAAGAGACAGCCGCUGCCGCCAUCUCUAACCUUGUUCUUACCUCCACCGACCGGGACACCUUGUUUCAAGUCCUCUUCUCUCCUUCCAUCACCUGGACCCCUCACCUCGUAGAUACCAUCAUCAAGCGCCUCUGGAACCACGGUCCCAAGGCCCUCCAGUUCUUCCACAUCCUCCUCCAUCAUCCCGUUUACCGCCACUCCUCAUCCUCCUUUGACCACGCAAUCGACAUUGCCGCCCGCCUCCGCGAUUACAAAAUCGUCUCGUCUCUUCUACACCGGCUACGAUCCAUCCGUCUGGGCCCCUCUCCAAGGACCUUCGCAAUCGUGACUGAAAGGUACGUCGCCGCUGGAAAACCCGAUAAAGCUGUUAAUUUGUUCCUGUCAAUGCAUAAGCAUGGCUGUUUUCAGGAUUUGCAUUCUUUUAAUACAAUCCUUGAUGUUCUCUGCAAAGCAAGACGUGUAGAAAAGGCAUAUAGUUUGUUUAAGGCUCUAAGAGGGAAGUUUAAGGCUGAUGUUGUGAGUUAUAAUAUAAUUGCAAAUGGUUGGUGUUUGAUUAAGAGAACACCGAAGGCACUGGAAGUGUUGAAGGAGAUGGUGGAGAGGGGAUUGAGUCCUAAUUUGACUACUUAUAAUAUAAUUCUCAAAGGGUAUUUUAGGACUGGUCAGAUUAAGGAAGCUUGGGAGUUCUAUUUAGAGAUGAAGAAGAGGAAGUGUGAGAUGGAUGUUGUUACUUACACCACAAUGGUUCAUGGGUUUGGUGUUGUAGGGGAAAUUAAGAGGGCUCGAAAUGUGUUUGAUAGUAUGGUCAAGGAAGGGGUGCUUCCUUCUGUUCCAACUUAUAAUGCUUUGAUUCAGGUGUUGUGUAAGAAGGAUAGUGUGCAAAAUGCUGUCUUGGUUUUUGAGGAGAUGGCAAGUAAGGGUUAUGUGCCUAAUUCGAUGACUUACAAUGUAUUGAUUAGGGGAUUGUGUCAUGCUGGACAAAUGAGCAGGGCAGUGGAGUUUAUGGAAAGAAUGAAGGAUGAUGAAUGUCAGCCAAAUGUGCAAACAUACAAUAUUGUAAUUCGAUACCAUUGUGAUGCUGGAGAGAUUGAGAAAGGGCUGGAGUUAUUUGAGAAGAUGGGUAGUGGGGAAUGCUUGCCAAAUUUGGAUACCUACAAUAUUUUGAUAAGCGCAAUGUUUGUGAGGAAGAAAUCAGAUGAUUUAUCAACAGCUGGGAAACUGUUGAUUGAGAUGGUUGGUAGAGGAUUUAUGCCUCGAAGGUUAACCUUCAACCGGGUUAUGGAUGGGCUUUUGCUAACAGGUAAUCAAGAUUUUGCAAAACAGAUUUUAAGAUUGCAGAGUAGAUGUGGCUGCCUUCCUCGCCAGUUCAAAUUGUGAAACCUAUUUGUAUGUGUUGGCCAAUGAACCAUGUGAGCUUCAUUCCCAUUUUUAAGACUUCUUGCCUCAAUAUAACCUUCAAGCAGCUUCGAAUGGGCUUUUACUAAUGAAUAAUUACAGGAUUUUCCAAAAGUGAUUUGGACUGCAAAGGCAAUAUCAAAUCUUAAUGGAGAAAGGUGGUGAUGUUCCUUGAUUGUAGAAUAGAUGCUAAACUGACUUUAGGGUAUAAGAGAUUAAGAAUUGGGCACCCAUGGAUGACAUUCUUAUUCUUGUACCCUCUAAAGUCUCUGGGGAGCUGCAGUUCCAGUUUCCAUUUGAGGAGAAAAGGAAGUUUGAAGGACGCCGUGGGCAUUCAUUACAUGUCAUGGUAUCUAUGCUGAUAAAGCCAUAAAGAGUUAUCCAAAUAGAUGACAAUUACGUGUGAAAGAAAUGAGUAGCACCUAUGUCAAUUGAGUUAUCCACAUUUUGAAACAGCAUAUGAGUUGAAACAUAUAUGAGUUCAUGAUUUAUUUUGGCCAGGAUGAUGGUUUUAAAAGAUGAUCUGAUAUGAUUGAAUUGAGGUUUGUUUUUCAAGUGAUAUUAUAGUAGUUACCACUGAAGAUGUGGAACUUGAAGUGGAUAAAGCUAUUGGGCAUCCGCUUCCAGUGCAGUCCGUGCCAACUAUUUGUGUGCCAUAGCUGCUAAGGUAAUAAAUUUGAUAGAAGAUGAUUCAAUGUGAUUAGGUGGUUUUUGGAGUUAAAAAUCAUGUUUCUGUGUUUGGUAUGCUGUUUCCAAACGUCUAUUUACUUUUUUUUACACCUUUGGCAUUUGGAUAUUUAAGUGGUUCUAACAUUAAGUUGAACCUGUGCAGAAGAAGUAGCAACAUCUUGUUAAGUGGCUGUUGUUUGUAAGCAUGCUGUUAAAAAGAGAGUUUAAUAAUUUUGUUGUGCCUUG